ACAGGCCCACCCAACUUGAGCAAUCGUUGAAUCACCAUGUUCAAUACGGAAAACAAGUGCGACCCGCCUUUUGUCGAUCGAUAUGGAGCUUUGUUCGACUCUAGCACCACUUGCGGUGGUUCUUGGGACAGUGGCAUUGUGGGGGUAUGUGAGCUCCCAUUGAUAGAUCUCAAGGCUCUAAGGAGUGGCGGUGACGAGGGGGAAAGGCAGGCGUGCAUGUCGGCGAUUGCCAAGGCGUCGUCUGAGUGGGGUUUCUUCCAAGUGUUUAAUCAUGGGGUGAGUGGUGAGCUCUUGGAAGAGAUGAGGAGAGAGCAGGUGAAGGUGUUUGGAAUGCCUUUUGAGAAGAAGGCUAGUUGCAGGCUGUUGAAUGAUUCAUAUAGGUGGGGUACACCAACAGCUACUUCUGUUAAGGAAUUUUCAUGGUCAGAAGCUUUUCACAUUCCUCUCUCUAAGAUUUCAGAGGAGGGUGUUUGUCAUGGAGAAUUCAGCAGUAUGAGGGAAGUGAUGGAGAAAUUAGCAGUGGCGAUGUCGGAUCUCGCUCGACUGCUGGCAGGAAUUCUAGCAGAGAAUUUAGACCAUCCAAAGCGUUUUUUCGAAGAGAAUUGCAACGAGAGCACGUGCUUUCUUCGGUUGAACCGCUACCCACCUUGCCCUCUCUCCCCAGAAAUGUACGGUCUGGUGCCGCACACGGACAGUGAUUUCCUGACCAUUCUCUUUCAAGAUCAAGUUGGUGGAUUGCAACUGAUGAAGGAUUCCAAAUGGGUCUCUGUGAAACCCAAUCCAGAUACCCUCAUCGUCAACGUCGGCGACCUAUUUCAGGCAUGGAGCAAUGACAUGUACAAGAGCGUAGAACACAAGGUGAUGGCCAAUGCAAAGGUGGAGAGAUAUUCAAUAGCCUAUUUCAUGUGCCCUUCAUAUGAUACCAUGAUAGGGAGUUUCAAGGAACCUUCCCAUUACAGGAACUUCACCUUUGGAGAGUAUAGGCAUCAAGUCCAAGAAGAUGUUAGGAAAUCUGGCCACAAGGUGGGCCUCCCCAGAUUUCUUAUCUAG